AUGCAGCAGCUUGUCAAGGAAUUCGCGUCAUCCGAGGAGCGAUACCUGGCCGACAUCGAGCUGGCGAUGGAGGGUUUUGUGCGACCGUUAAAUGGCGUCAUCCCAGCAGACGACGUCGCUAGCUUCCGAAUGAAUUGGGACGAAUUGAGGGCUCUAUCGAGAAACAUUUGUCGGCGGCUUCAUCAAGGCAGCGGCCCAGGCGAAGCCCUGCUCUCCGAACUCGACGGCCUACAAGCAUUCCCGGCCUUCUGCUUCAAGCAACAAUCCGCUAUCGCGGAUAUCGAGCGCGUUACGGUGAAUCUGCUCGACAGUAUAAACCGUAAUCUUGCCGAGUCAGAAACCAUGUGUCUAUUGGCAUGGUGCCAAUCCCACGUUCGUGUCCCCGUACAGCCACCGCUUGAAUUCGCCUCGCCAACCCGUCAACUGGGGUCCCGUAAGCUGUUGCAUAGUGGAAUCCUGUGGAAGGCGCGAUCCGGGCGACAACUCGUCGCCAUCCUCUUUAACGACUUUUUAUUGCUAACUACACCGAGUGAAACUGUGGCCAAUACGAGCGGUUUUCGCCUUUCUCCCCAGUCGGAAUUGACGCUCACCACCUACCGUAGCCCACUGCUGUUGCACAAGUUGAUGAUCAACGAUCGAGAGACGGAGACUGAGGGGCAGAUCACCCUCAAGCAUGGCGACCACGACGUAAUAUCCCUCCGUGCAACCAGUGGCAAUGCGUCUCGCCUUUGGUUAUCCCACCUCAGACCCGCCAUCAAUGAGGCCAUCUCCAGAGAGGGGCUCCGCACCCCGGCCAACAAAAAGGAGGUCCUUGGUCGGCUACUCGUCGAGCUCGUCAGCCUUAGCAUCGUCAACGUGAAAACGUCAAUGCCGGUGCAACAGGUCGGACUGCGUGUCUCCCUCCACGACAACUCCAAGACGUUCGCCGUUGAUUUGAACAAAAAGGGAGAGCUUGUGUUUCUUUUCACUGAGAAGACGGGCAUGAUUCGAUUGUUGCUGGUCGAGCCGCGGGUUUUUUGCCCGGAUGUGCCGUUGAUAGAAGAGACGGCGUUGCCCUUCCAAAAUCUCUUCAAUCAGGGCCCUGGUGGGGCAUUUGCCGUCCGGAAAGAAAUCGAUCUGUUGGCCAAUUCGUCAGCUUCGAAUACCAAACAACGCGCCGUUGCAACCGUUCGCUUUGCUCUUCACAUGUACAAGCCUGAUUUUUAC